GCGGGGGCUGCGGGGAGGCUGGCGGAGGGGCGCCACCCAGAGGGAACCUGCACAGCCCUAGGGGCGCACCCGUUUCCCCUUCCCUGCGCCUGCAGUCUCCUUCUCCUGUCUGAAGGCGCGGUAAUGCAGAGUGCGCCCCCACCGGUCGCCUCUUGCCAUUGACGCUCACAGCGGUUUUGACUGGGCGCAGGCUUCCCCUUCCUGCAGCCCCUCCCAGGACAGGCUCUCCAGCUCGCCCACCAGUGCUGUCCUCGUCCUGUUGAAGGAGGGGAGGUCACCCCAUAGCACAGCCCCUCGGGGUCCCCUCUUCUGGGCGGGUGGCUCCUGCUCCCCCAGUCUGCCCUACCUGCAGCACCUGAGAGGGAAGAGUCGGACGGGAGCCCCUCCUUACUAGGCUGUAAGGCUCUGGCUCCAGGCUGUCCCCAGGCAGCCACAGGAAGCAGGCCUGUUCCUCACCCCAGCAGGCCUUGGGCUGCCAGCCCCCAGCCCCGUAUGUCCCAGGGCAGCCCUGUCCCAGUGGGAACAUGUGGACCCUGGAGAGGGCAGGCACCCUGGCAGGUGCAGGAAGGUGUCAAGCAGAGGGGGCGGGGCACUCAGAGUGGGCUUCCCGGGGGUCAGGAUGCCACUCUGGGCCCUGGGGGACGGUGAGUCCUGUGACAUCCAGGCCCAUGGAUGCCUGGGCGAGACCCCAACUGGAGAUCAGAAAGCUGAGGCUGUCCCCUCCUGUCCCAUACUGACCCUGUCUGUCCUGCUCCCAGAAUGGGGUCCCUCAGUCCCUGUGCCUGAGCAGGUGUCCUCCAUACCAGGCCAGGGGCACUGAGGCUGCAUCACCACCCUGCCCCAGCACAGACUGCUCGGCUCUACCUGCCCUGGGUGCUGAGAACACAGUUACUUACCCAGGUCUAAUUGGCUCACUCCAGCAGGCCACUCUGCCCCCGCUGAGGCUCUGUCCGGGGACAGCCUCCCACCCUCGGGUCCCUAGCACCCUCUUCCCAUCACCAGCAGAGCUGAGGUCUGCAGCCUUGUGGAGGGGCACUCAAGCCUGGCCGUGGCCAGGGCGGUGCUCACCCUGGGGAGUUUCUGGGGUCCCUGUGCCAGGCGGGCCCUGUCUCCACCUCCCCAACCUCAGCCUGGCUCGAACUGGAGAGCUUGGGGCAUCACUGGGCCUGGCAGAAAAGUGGCCUGAGCAGCUGGGUCCCCUGAGCAAGAGGAGAGACCUCAACUCCCGCAGCCUGUUUCUGGGUCUACAAGCUGGGGUCCUGCAGCUCACCAGAAUGAGCUGGCCCCUCCAGCUGCAGGCUUCCUCCGACACUGCGCACCCAUCCCAGGUAUUCAGGCCUCGGGCACCGGUGCUGCAGGUCCCUUCAUGGCCAGUCCCCAGGGUGCUGCCUGGAGCUGAUGCCUGAGCAGAGCAGCCUGUGACGGGUGCAGAGGAGGGGACACGGUGAGCAUCUGCGCAUCUGCCCUCAGGGCUACACCUGCUGCACCAGCGAGAUGGAGGAGAACCUGGCCAACCGCAGCCGUGCGGAGCUGGAGAGUGCGCUCCGCGACAGCAGCCGCGCCCUGCAGGCCAUGCUGGCCACCCAGCUGCGGGGCGUGGACGACCACUUCCAGCAGCUGCUGAACAACUCGGAGCGAGUGCUGCAGGACGCCUUCCCUGGUGCCUUCGGGGAGCUGUACACGCAGAACGCCCAGGCCUUUGGGGACCUGUACACUGAGCUGCGCCUCUACUACCAUGGCGCCAACCUGCACCUGGAGGAGACACUGGCCGAGUUCUGGGCGCAGUUGCUGGAGCGCCUCUUCCGGCAGCUGCACCCCCAGCCACUGCUGCCCGACGACUACCUGGACUGUCUGGCCAAGCAGGCUGAGGCGCUGCGGCCCUUUGGGGAUGCCCCACGGGAGCUACGCCUGCGGGCCCCACGGGCCUUCGUGGCCGCUCGAGCCUUCGUGCAGGGCCUGGGUGUGGCCGGAGACGUGGUCCGGAAGGUGGCCCAGGUGCCCCUGAGUGCGGAGUGCUCGCGCGCUGUUAUGAAGCUGGGGUACUGUGCCCACUGCCUGGGGGUUCCUGGUGCCCGGCCCUGCCCCGAUUACUGCCAGAACGUGCUCAAGGGCUGCCUUGCCAACCAGGCCGAUCUGGACGCUGAGUGGAGAAACCUCCUGGACUCCAUGGUGCUCAUCACUGACAAGUUCUGGGGCCCAUCGGGUGCGGAGAACGUGAUCAGCAGCACACACAUGUGGUUGGCGGAGGCCAUCAACGCCCUGCAGGACAACAGGGACUCGCUCACGGCUAAGGUCAUCCAGGGCUGCAGGAACCCCAAAGUCAAUCUGCAGGGCCCAGGCCCGGAGGAGAAGCCACACCGGGGGAAGCUGGUGCUGCAGGAGAAGCCCCCCACAGGUGCCCUGGAGAUGCUGGUCUCAGAGGCCAAGACUCAGCUCCGAGAUGUGCAGGACUUCUGGGUCAGCCUCCCCGGCACGCUGUGCAGCGAGAAGAUGGCCAUGAGUUCCACCAGCGACGACCGCUGCUGGAAUGGGAUGAGCAAGGGCCGGUACCUGCCCGAGGUGAUGGGUGAUGGCCUGGCCAACCAGAUCAACAACCCCGAGGUGGAGGUGGACAUCACCAAGCCCGACAUGACCAUCCGGCAGCAGAUCAUGCAGCUGAAGAUCAUGACCAACCGGCUACGCGGAGCCUACAGUGGCAACGACGUGGACUUCCAGGAUGCAAGUGACGAUGGCAGCGGCUCGGGCAGUGGCGGUGGUUGCCUGGACGACGCCUGCGGCCGGAGGUUCAGCAAGAAGAGCUCCAGCUCUCGGACCCCUUUGACCCAUGCCCUCCCUGGCCUCUCGGAGCGCGAGGGACAGAAGACCUCAGCCGCCAGCUGCCCCGGUCCCCACCCCUUCCUCCUGCUCCUCCUCCUCACCCUGGUCCUCGCAGCACCCAGGCCCCGGUGGCGGUAACUGCCCCACAGCCCCAGGGACUGAGGCCAAGGGCGGACUUUGCUGAAACUCAAAGCAGACAAUAUUUAACCCCCUUGGCCUGCAGAGGCUCAGAGGACGGGGAUGGCGGCUCUGCGUGCUGGGCAGGAUGGCCCCAGCCUGGCCUCACCUGCCACCCUGGCUUUUAAUUUUGUGAGGUCCUCAGGUCAGCCGUGAGCUGUGUCCCCAAAAGCCAUAGAUCUCGGGGCCCUCGGGGUGCCUCCGGCUUCGCACCCCUCCAGCUCCCUGCCCCCUCAGGCCCACGGAGGAGCUGGCCCUUGGCAGCAUCCCCCAGAGACCUCGCGCGAGCCUGUGCCUUCCUCUUCUGCUCCUGGCUGCCGACGUCAGAAAGGGAGGCCCCGCCCUCAGCCUCCAGAAGCCUCAAGGACCGUGGGCCCUGCCGGGCUCUGGCGGGGCCUUUGAGCUUAUGCAUGGUACCUGCGCUCGGCAGGGGCUCUGCCGGGCUGGCUCCUGUGCCACUGUGGAGCCCAGUCCUGGUGAUGCACAGAGGGCGGCACCCGGCACGGCCACACAGGCUCUUCCGUCGCACUUUUGUUUGAGGUGGGGCACAGUCCCCGACACCCAGGGAAGCAGUGUGGUGCUCUUCGGAGUGGGGGCUCUCAUGGGCAGGCCUCCAGCAUCUGCACCAGGGACCCCUCUUCUGGGGAACAGCCGGCCCCUUCUACCCCAGCCCACGCAGACAGAGUGACACAGACAAGGACUGUCACUGGCCCCAGGGUGGGGCUGGCUGGUGAAACUUCAGCUCAGGACUGGUGAGACCCGGCACUGCAGGCCGGACUCACCUGGGCUCUCCCAACCCUGGCCAGCUGCAGGGGCGAGGGAGGGAGGCAGUCAAGGGCUUUUUGGACAUGCACACAUGCACUCUCCCUGUCCCCGUGCCGUGCCAAGAGCCGCCCAGCGUUGGCGAGGCCUGGGGCCCACUGGGGUCCUGGUGUUCCCGGCUCACCAAGGCCAUCAGAGCCAGGCUGGCCCUCCCUGCCAGGCCCAGCUGCUGCAGGCCCCAGGGAGGGGGCUGGGGUGAGGGGCUGGGGACGGCCUGGAAGCCGCUUAGUGCUUUGCUUUUCCCACCGGGUUGGGCGGCCUUCCUCCAGCAGUGUCCACAGUGCAGCAGACCAGGUCUCCAGCCACCUGUGGGUCCCCUGGUGCGCGGCAGGUGUUGUCUGAAAUUGCUCUUGGACGUGUCGGGCCCAGAGCCUCAGCAUGCCUAGCUGCGAUAGUCUCGCUAGAGCCGUGCGGGCUGGAGGCAGGAGCCAGCAGGUCACUGGUCAGAGCGCUGAGCAGGGCCACUGCACCCUUUCUCCGUGACACCCCUGGCCACCAGUGCCAGUAGGUGAUGUGUUGAAUCCUUGUAACAAUAAACAGCUGGAGACCUCAGCAGGACAAGC